AUCCGUUGGAUGCAACCGAUGACUUUUUGGCUCCUUCAUUUUCCCAUUGACCAUCUUCUUCAACCCUUACAGAGUUCUCACCUAUUGAAGGCGGCGCUUUAUUCAGUGCUCAAUGGCCGGUACAAUGAUCUUUUAUUUGUGCUUGUCAUAACAAGAUUAGAGUGAUGGUCAGUGGUGGCUGGUUAAGUACUGCUAAUUAGAGUUGCCUGCAACUAGUGUACUGUGGAUUCAGUUAGGGGAAACCAAUUUGGUGACAUUAUAGAACAAAAUGGUAGGCACCAGCACCACAAAAUUUUCAGAGGACUACGAUCGAGCAAGUGAAUUAAAGGCCUUCGAUGAGUCUAAAGAGGGUGUCAAAGGUUUAGUUGAUGCUGGGGUCUCCAAGGUUCCCCGGAUGUUCAUUCGACCACCAGAUAACUCGAGAGACUGUAACACCCAAUUCAAAUUUCCGGUCAUAGACCUCCAUGGCAUGGACAGCGAUCCAAUUCGGCGAAAGAAGAUUGUUGAGAUGGUCCGGGAAGCAUCGGAGACGUGGGGUUUAUUCACCGUGGUGAACCAUGGGAUCCCUGUUAGUGUGUUGGAGGAGAUGAUGGAUGGGGUACACCGGUUUUAUGAACAAGAUAAUGAAGUGAAGAAGGAGUUUUACACGCGUGAUCUGACGAGAAAGGUGAUAUAUAAUAGCAAUUUUGAUCUCUACGUAUCAAAAGCAGCUAAUUGGAGGGACACCUUUUAUUGCCUUAUGGCUCCCCAUCCUCUUAACCCACAAGAGUUGCCAGCGACAUGCAGAGAUAUAUUGAUGGAGUACAAGGAGCAAGUCAUGAGAUUAGGACUUAAACUGUUGGAAUUAAUGUCUGAGGCUAUUGGGCUCAAUCCAAACCACCUAAAAGACAUGGAUUGUGCGGAAGGGCUUGCCAUUUUGUGUCACUAUUAUCCAGCAUGUCCACAGCCAGAGCUAACCAUGGGCACCACAAAGCAUUCUGACAAUGACUUCCUUACUAUACUACUACAAGACCAGAUUGGAGGCCUCCAGGUUCUUCAUCAGGAUCAGUGGGUCGAUGUUCCCCCAGAGCCUGGAGCCCUUGUAAUUAAUGUUGGUGAUCUUCUACAGCUUAUCACCAACGACAGAUUUAAGAGUGUAGAACACAGAGUACUGGCAAACCGACGAGGUCCAAGAGUCUCAGUGGCAUGCUUUUUUAGCACAUCUCAUCUGCCAUCCUCAAAAUUAUAUGGACCUAUCAAGGAAUUGUUAUCCAAAGAGAAUCCACCAAAAUACAGGGAAACCACAGUGAGAGACUAUGUUCUCCAUUUCCGCUCAAAAGGGCUUGACGGGACUUCUGCUCUACCACAGUUCAAGCUCUAAAUUGAUAACUUGAGAACCUAUACUACCCAGUUCAAUUUUCCCGUCGUAGACCUACAAGGCAUGGACAAUGAUCCAAUUCGCCGGAACAAGAUUGUUGACAUGGUCAAGGAUGCAUCAGAGACAUGGGGUUUCUUCAACGUGGUGAACCAUGGGAUCCCUGUUAGCGUGUUGGAGGAGAUGAUGGAAGGAGUACUCCGGUUUUACGAACAAGAUACUGAGGUGAAGAAGCAGUUUUACACACGUGAUGCGUCGAGGAAAAAGAUGGUGUACAAUAGCAAUUUUGAUCUGUAUACAGCACCAGCAGCUAAUUGGAGGGACACCUUUUAUUGCCUUAUGGCUCCUCAUCCUCCCAACCCAGAAGAAUUGCCAGCAGCAUGCAGGGACAUACUGAUGGAGUAUAAGGAUCAAAUUAUGAGAUUAGGAUUUAAAUUGUUUGAGUUAAUAUCCGAGGCUCUGGGGCUUAAUCCAAACCACCUAAAAGACAUGGACUGCACAGAGGGGCUGUCAAUUUUAUGUCACUACUAUCCGUCAUGCCCACAGCCAGAACUAACUAUGGGCACCACCAAACACGCUGACAAUGACUUCCUCACUGUACUACUACAAGACCAGAUUGGAGGCCUCCAAGUUCUUCAUCAAGGUCAGUGGAUUGAUGUCCCCCCAAUGCCUGGAGCGCUUGUAAUUAAUGUUGGAGAUCUUCUACAGCUUAUUACGAAUGACAGGUUUAAAAGUGUAGAACACAGGGUACUGGCAAACCAUAUAGGCCCCAGAGUCUCAGUGGCAUGCUUUUUUAGCACAUCUAUUCAGCCAUCCUCCAAACUUUAUGGGCCUAUCAAGGAAUUGUUAUCUGAAGAGAAUCCGCCUAAGUACAAGGAAACCACAGUGGGAGACUAUGUUGCCUAUUUCAAUUCAAAAGGGCUUGAUGGAACUUCUGCCCUACCUCAUUUCAGGCUCUAGAUUGGAAUGGAUAGGAGAAAGGAUUAUCAUGAUGGAUGGUUUACCGUAUUUGCUAGUGUUAUGAUUGUGCCUACUUCAGUUAAUAGAAAAGAUUCUUGAGUAGCAGCAUUUGUAGAGACGUGGUGUUCAAUAUCAAUAACGGAUCAAUAUUUCCUCCA